AUGGUCCACGUCCGCCCGCUAGAGGGGCAGCUUCGUGACAGCAGAGACCUGGCACCUUCGUCCCCUCCCUGUAACAACCCUACUGCGCGGACACAUCCACAGAGAAAGCAGCUGAGUUCAGAGAGGUGGAGCCACCUGCCUAAGGUCACACAGCCCACAGGGAGUUUGUCAGCACAUGCACCAGAUCUGUCCACACCCAGAACCCAGGCUCGGCCAAAUGUUCCGGAGUCACCCCCCGCCCGGGGUGCAGAGGAGGCUGUUUUUUUUGGGGGGGGUCCCUGGCGAGGGGACAGGGGUCUGACGGGGCGCCUCCCCUCAGGGGCCCGAGGCUCCGAGGCCGAGCAUCGCCUGUUCGAGCGGCUGUUCCAGGACUACAACGAGAUCAUCCGGCCGGUGGCCAACGUGUCCGACGCCGUCAUCAUCCAGUUCGAGGUGUCCAUGUCCCAGCUGGUGAAGGUGCAGAUCUGGAACGAUUACAAGCUGAAGUGGGACCCCGCGGACUACGACGGGGCGGAGUUCCUGCGCGUCCCCGCCCAGAAGAUCUGGAAGCCGGACAUCGUGCUCUACAACAACGCCAUGGGGGACUUCCAGGUGGACGACAAGACCAAAGCCCUGGUCAAGCACACGGGCGAGGUGACCUGGAUCCCCCCCGCCAUCUUCAAGAGCUCCUGCAAGAUCGACGUCACCUACUUCCCCUUCGACUACCAGAACUGCACCAUGAAGUUCGGCUCCUGGUCCUACGACAAGGCCAAGAUCGAGCUGGUCCUGGUCGGCUCCUCCAUGAACCUCAAGGACUACUGGGAGAGCGGCGAGUGGGCCAUCAUCCACGCCCCCGGCUACAAGCACGACAUCAAGUACAACUGCUGCGAGGAGAUCUACCAGGACAUCACCUACUCGCUCUACAUCCGGCGCCUGCCGCUCUUCUACACCAUCAACCUCAUCAUCCCCUGCCUGCUCAUCUCCUUCCUCACCGUGCUGGUCUUCUACCUGCCGUCCGACUGCGGCGAGAAGGUCACGCUCUGCAUCUCCGUGCUGCUCUCCCUCACCGUCUUCCUGCUGGUCAUCACCGAGACCAUCCCGUCCACCUCGCUGGUCAUCCCGCUCAUCGGCGAGUACCUGCUGUUCACCAUGAUCUUCGUCACCCUGUCCAUCGUCAUCACGGUCUUCGUGCUCAACGUGCACUACCGGACGCCCACCACGCACACCAUGCCCGCCUGGGUGAAGGCCGUCUUCCUGCACGCGCUGCCCCGCUGCCGGGGGGGGCCGUGCGGGGCCAGCCGCCGCCACCACCACCGCACGGUGAAGAUCUCGAACUUCACCGCCAACCUCACGCGGAGCUCCAGCACCGAUUCCGUGGAUGCCGUGCUCUCGCUGUCGGCCCUGUCGCCGGAAAUCAAGGAGGCCAUCCGGAGCGUCAGGUACAUCGCGGAAAACAUGAAGGCGCAGAAUGAGGCCAAAGAGAUUCAAGACGACUGGAAGUAUGUGGCCAUGGUGAUCGACCGCAUUUUCCUGUGGGUGUUCAUCCUGGUGUGCAUCCUGGGGACAGCCGGGCUGUUCCUGCAGCCGCUGAUGGCCAGGGAGGACCCCUGAGCGCCGACCGUGCACCUGCCUGAGGGGGACUGGGUGUCGGGGGGAAGGCGGGGAGCUGGGGAGAAGCCCUUUUUUUUGUGAUAGAACACACUUAGCGUACAAUUUACCAUCGUAACCUUUUCACAGGCACAGCUCAGUGGUAUCCAAUGGUCACACUGCUGUGCAAUCGUCAUCACCGUCGAUCCCCAUAACCCUUUCCAUCCUGUGAAACUGAAACCACAUAUAUGUCUCAUUAAACAGUGACUCCUGUCCCCACUCCCCCGGCCCCUGCCAACCACCAUUCUGCUUUCUUUCUUUUUUGACCUAAAAUGUUAAGAUUUUAUUUACAAAGCCUUCCUUGCUGCACAGAGAGGAACAAUGCUAUUCCAGUCUUGGUGCAACUGGUAGCCACAGCCGGCGGACUCGCCCAUCACAGCGAUCCACGCGACAGCAAGUCUCACAGGGAAACCCAACCACGCUGACGAUGUUGUCGGGGUUAGUCCCGAGCUCGGGGUGAAUGUCCCAAAGGGACUAAAUGGGCAGAGGUGGGAUGUCACAG